UCCAAAUUGAGUUGUUUUCCAUCGAGUUGCAUUCGAUAUGAAGGCAAGCCGGUUGCAUUCGAAAUGGUAUCACAGGCAGGUCAACUCACUGCGCUCUAUGUACUGAAGGAACAUCGAGGAAAAGGUCUAGGUCGAAUCGUCGAGUUAGACCUUUGCCAAAAAACAAUACGGUUCGGAAUGGUCGUUAUUAAAUGCGUGGAACUGUUCAAUGCUUCCCUACUCGACUCUACCUCUCGGCUACCCUACUGGACCAAGGUUAAGCAGGAUGACGGAAGUGACCUCAUCAAUGUGUACUACGAGCUGGAAAUGAAAUAA